CGCUAGUUCGUUAUGUAGUUUGUUUCUAGUCCUUAUAUAAUAUGUUAAGCGAACUUGACCCAUUUAGUGACAGUAAGUUGUUCGUCAACGCUCGAAAAUGUUGUUCUUGACGAGAAGCACCGUAAGUGGUCUGAAACUGUGUUCCUGUGCUGCAACCAAAGUAUUAUAUGGACGAUUCCUCAGUAAUCAACAAGCAACGAUAGUUACGGAAGUAGGCAAAAGGUCUCCACUCGAUUUGGUGGAGGACAAAAUUGCUCGGCAGGAAAUCCAACCCGAUCCUCAUCAAAAACGGAUCACCGAGGCCUUGCAGAUUGUGUACGACAGUAUUCAAAGGUACAGCCCUCCUGAACCAGUCAGCGGAUUUGGAAAAUGGUUCAGUUUCAAGAAUUCGGAAAAAGUUCAAGCACCCAAGGGCUUAUACAUCUAUGGUAGUGUUGGUGGAGGUAAAACCAUGCUGAUGGAUUUGUUCUACGAUUGCUGUGAGAUAAAUCGCAAAAGAAGAGUACACUUUAAUUCAUUCAUGACGGACGUUCAUACGAAAAUACACGAGAUCAAAUCGAAACAAGUUCGUGAUGUUAGCAGUACUAAGCCGCAGCCGUUCGAUCCUAUCAAACCGGUAGCAGAACUUAUCAGUGCAGAUUCCUGGUUGAUUUGUUUUGACGAGUUUCAGGUCACCGACAUAGCAGAUGCAAUGAUCCUGAAGCGGCUGUUUACGUACCUUUUCGAUAGCGGAGUAAUCGUGGUAGCAACAAGCAACCGGGCUCCCGAUGAUCUAUAUAAAAACGGUUUACAGCGGAGUAAUUUUGUCCCCUUUAUUGGAGUCCUGAAGUCGCACUGUAAUGUGAUCACUCUAGAUAGUGGAGUCGAUUACCGGACGGCGACUUUAAAGGGCGAAGGGACGCACUACUUCGUCAAAACUCAAAUGGAUGCAACUGCAGCUAUGGACAAGCUGUUUAAAGUUCUGUGCUCACAGGAAAAUGAUAUGAUCCGACCGAAGACUUUCACUCACUUUGGGCGAAACAUAACAUUUGCCAAAACCUGUGGACAGGUUUUGGAUAGUACUUUUGCGGAAUUAUGUGAUAGGCCUCUGGGUGCGUCGGACUACCUUCAAAUAGCGCAGUUCUUCCACACUGUACUGAUACGAGAUAUUCCGCAGCUAAAUUUGAAACUGAAAUCACAAACUAGACGAUUUAUUACUCUGAUCGAUACGCUGUAUGAUAAUCGGAUUAGGCUGGUAGUGUCAUCGGACGUACCGUACAAACAUCUAUUUUCUAACGAAGUUCCCGACGACUUACAUACCUCCGACGAGCAUCGCAUGUUGAUGGAUGAUCUAAAAAUCACCAAAGAUUCCCAUGAUGCUAGCUCGAACAUAUUCACCGGUGAAGAGGAAUUGUUUGCAUUCGAGAGAACAGUGUCACGUCUUGCCGAAAUGCAAUCUGCCGAAUAUUGGUCUCUAUGGGAAAAGCACCGGUAAAGAUCCGCUGUUGUAGUAAAUAGAUGUUAAGACGUACUUAAACACAGCAAAAAAACUAGGUGCACAAAUUAAAUUUCGCUUGUUAAUGAAGAUAAAUCAAAUCGACUUAGAUAGAUGCAUGUAAAUAUAUUUAUUUGAA